GCGAUACUUGUCCGGGUUGUUUCUUGUUUUUGACCGGUUGAAACUAAACGAGGUAGGAGGCAGAAGAAUAAGUAGAAGAAGAAGAAGAGGAGGAAGAAGAAGAAGGGGAUUUAUUUCUUUCCCCCAGUGGAGGAGGAAUCUCCUCUCAUGUUUCCUCGCCUUUUAACCGCCGAGCCGACCACGAAGCGAUCGAACCGGACGUUUACCGCUGCCGAAGGAUGACAAUUAAAAUAGCGACGAUGACGAUGGGAGGAGGCUACGGCCGAAGGGGCAGCCCUCGCUAGGAUCCUCACUUCACCUCCCGCCCCCCACCCCUCCCUCCACCAUUUACAUCCUCUCCUGCCGCCCCUCCGCCUUCGCGGCAUGGCCAACCACCUGGAGCUGAUCCAGGAGCUGCAGCAGCUGGACAAAGCGCCCAGUCUGGAGAGGCUGCGGGCAGCCCAGAAGCGGCGCACCCAGCAGCUGAAGAGAUGGGCCGUGUACGAGAAGGAGAUGCAGAGCCGGAAGCGGAAGGCCGACAAGAAGGGACGCAGCGGCGGCAACCUGCACGCCGCCGAGUCCAGGAGGCGCGUGUCGUUCGCCGCCAGCGUGGCUCUCCUGGAGGCAUCGGCCAGGAACGACCCGGAUGAAGUACGCUACCUGCUGAAGAACAAUGUGAGCCCAGACCUCUGCAAUGAAGACGGCCUCACCGCUCUGCACCAGUGUUGUAUAGAUAACUAUGAGGAGAUGGUGAAGAUCCUGCUGGGCCGAGGGGCCAGCGUCAACGCUCAGGACAACGAGCUGUGGACGCCGCUGCACGCCGCCGCUACCUGUGGCCAUGCGGGACUGGUCAAGAUCCUCAUUGCAGACGGUGCAGACCUGCUGGCGGUCAACUCUGACGGGAACAUGCCGUACGACCUGUGCGAAGACGACCCCACGCUGGACAUCAUCGAGACGGCUAUGGCCAACAGAGGCAUCACCCAGGAGAUGAUCAACGAAACGCGAGCGUCGACCGAGAUGAGGAUGAUGGGAGACGUCCAGGACCUGCUGAGGCAGGGAGAGGAGGUGAACCAGCAGGACUCUCAGGGAGCCACGCUGCUGCACAUUGCAGCAGCGAGUGGCUACGUGCAGGCCGCAGAGCAGCUGCUGGAGGGAGGAGCUCGCAUGGACCUGAGAGACUGUGAUGGAUGGCAGCCUCUCCACGCUGCAGCGUGCUGGGGUCAGAUGCAUGUGGCGGAGCUGUUGGUGUCUCAUGGAGCCAGUCUCAAUGCCAAGACCUUUCUAGAUGAGACCCCCAUCGACCUGUGCGAGGAUGAGGAAUUCCGAGCCAUCCUGCUGGACCUGAAACACAAACACGACAUCAUCAUGAAGUCCCAGCUCAAGCACAAGACCUCGCUGUGCAGGCGGACGUCCAGUGCAGGGAGCCGCGGAAAAGUGGUGCGGCGAGCCAGCCUGUCAGACAGACACAACUUGUGUCGUAAAGAGUACGAGACCGAGGCCAUCGUGUGGAGGGGAGGGAGAGAAGAGGAGCACGAGAAGGAGUCCGAUCGGGACAAUAACAAGGUCAAACCAGUCACGGCUGUGGAGCCGCCAGACGAGCCCCCCGCCAUCCUCAAAGAAGGCGGCGGCAAACAGAACGGCCUCAUCUCCACGGCAAAGUCCACGCCGCAGCCCCCGCCCCAGGCCCCGCCACCGCCCUCCAACGGCAGCACGCAGCCGUCGGACAAGGGUGGGGCCGCCCCCGGCCCGCCCCCCCAGGAGGACGCCUGGCCCAGGGAGCGCCCGCAGACUCUGUCCGAGCUCAAGAAACAGAGGUCCGCCGCCAAACUGUUGAAUCACCCCUUGUUCAACGGUCACCUGGGCAACGGCUCCGUGGAUUCCCCCGCCGGUGCCAAAAACCACUCCGAGGACCCGCGCAUGCCGCUGGUCUCCUCCAACGGCAACGCGGUCUACUACACGCCGGCCAGCGGCGACCCGCCGCUCCUCAGACUCAAGCAGCCGGCGGAGGAAGAGCCGCCGAAGGUGCGCACCUGCUGCUGCGUGUCAUAGCACCCCAAUCACGUGACCGGGCCGGAGCAGAAGUGCUUUGCACAGAGGAGCGAGGGAGGGGCUGUAAUAAGGAAGGAAGGAAGGAAGGAAGGAGUGUUCCUGUUCUCCACUGUUUCUCCAUCUUUUUCCUCCCCCCCCCCCCUCACCCCCACCCCCCUUUUAAGCUUCUCCCAGAGAACAUGGCCGCCCUGAGGAAUGUGCCUCCCCCGCCAAGUCGCUCCCGCCGCAGUGAGGAGACAUCUUCGGCAAAGGGGGCAUGUGUCCAGCGUAGCAGAGGGAAGGAACAGAACCGAGCAGUGCCACUUUGUUCCUCCAGGUGUCACUUGGAUUUAAAUGGAUAGAAAGAGAAGCUGCCCCCAGUGCACCUUUUUUUAAGAAUCCAAGCGUGGGGCGGAUCUUCGCUCACCUGGAGCAUCAAAAAAAAGGUGGAGAAGAACUCGAGGUACAAGGUGCACGUUCGUCCUUCAGAGGGUGAAGACGAAAAAGGUGGUUGUCGUGUAGUUCAAUGGUCGCGAUGGUCUUCGGGACAAUCGGGCGUUGUCGUCUAACCUCAUUCUUGACGAGAUCUGUGACGUCUCCUUCCAGGUAUUCGUCAUGUUGGAAGCUGCGCCUGCGUAAGCAAAGGGAAGGAGUGCCGCCAUAAGAGUGUUCAGGGAGUCGAGUCCUGUGUGUGAAACUAUCGCUCCGUCCUCUCGCAUCAGACCUGGUUUUUAUGCACUGCUCAGUCUGUCUCGUUUAGAUCAUUGAAGCAAACAUGUGGUUUAACAUGACUGUACAUUUCUUAAUUUAUGAAAUGAAUGUGAUGUGUGAAGAGAAGAUUACGGUUCUUAAAGUUGAGUGUAUUUAUUUUUUUGGAUGUUAAUGUGGAGAGCUUGAAAUGAAACCUUCUGACAUGGAAAAUCAAACGUUGGACCGAUGGAGGGAAGCAACGGUUCUUGUCUGCUACGUUACUAAAAUCACGCAAACAUCCAUCCUGUUGGGACGGAUCUGAUUUUUGUGUCACUACAAAUAACAGUGUUAUUUGUUUUAUGUUUUUAUUUUUUAUUUUCCGGUGGCCAUUGUGUGGCCGUAUUUCACCCAUUCACUGUAUUUGUUGUAUUACAGAAAGUGUAAGUAUUAUGUAAUGAAUUACUGUUACAGUAUGAAAUUGUGUAGUUCUGUUAUUGCUAAAACAUUAAUCCACAAAUGGCUUUGAUACGUCAACCCGAAAGUGAAAAUGCAUAUUUCCCAACAUGUUGAACUACUCCUUUUAUGUAAUAGCGUCUCCUCUAAUCUCCUUGUGAGUGCCAAAGAGUCUCCCCUGAUUUUUUAUUUUUUUUGCUGAUGUCCAAUGUCAUGUGACGACUCACAAUACCACUGCCGGUUAAUCCCCACAACAGAAACUGUGCAGUGGCGCAUAUUUAUACAGAUGCGUUUGUAAAUAUGUCUGAAUCGGUAUCCCUGUAUGUUUUCCCCAUGUACUGCAUUCACAUGUAUGUGUUGUUACGUGUAAAGGAACAUGCAUGUAUAUACAUUUACCCACAUUGAGGAACAUUGUUGCAUAGCCCCCCCCCCCCUUUCAGUAGUCAAACAUUUAAAAAUGCAUCUGGAAAAGACAUCGUCAUCACACUCGUGACUUUGAGUGUGCGGUCGGCUUUUCUUUCUGUGCAAUUUCUGCAACGGUCUCAAUUAAAGCAGUUCGUAUUUUUCAGCUCCGUUUGAGGAAGUACGAUUGAAGUCACAGUCGGGGUUGCUAUGUCCCUUAUUGUUUGGUUCCUUCCCCAUUUAUUGUUUUAAAAAGCGUCCAAGGCGGUGACAUCAUCUUGUUACUUUUUGGCUAAGAUUUACGUGAGUUCACAUGUAUCCUCGCUGCUGCAGUCAAUUCAAUCUAAAUGUCACAUAUGCUUCCUUAAUGAGGAAAUCUAAGUCACGUUUAAUUGUCGUUGUUUUUUUUUUUUAACUACGACCUGGUCAGUGUCUCCUGUUAAAAAGUACCUGGUGUUCUCAUGGCAUAGAUCAAAGCUUGUGUUUGUCCGCGGGUCUCUAUAACAGCAAGAUUAUAAAGAUGAAAAACUACUGAUUUUAUAACUCCUGGAAAGUGUAGAAGGUUGCAUUAACAUAUUUUGAAUAAAUUGUAUAUUUUGAGAAUUUUAAAUGGUCUCUUCUCAGUUUGUAAAGCGUGAC